UCUUCUCACGGAUUAAAAAAACUGCCGCCCGCCACGAGCAUGCGCAUUUUGCGCAACUAUGACGCAAACCAUGCCUCGACUUGAGGGGCAUCUAAACAGCUAAACAUGGCCCUGUUCACAUACAGCAGACUGUCACAUUUACUGACAAUAUCCGUUUAUAAAUCUUCGGUUUUACGAACGGGGAGCGAACUAAAACAUGGAGCUACGUGCUGUGUGCAGUUUCAACGCUGCCAGAGGUCAGUGGACAGUAAGGCAUUGCAGGAGAGGCAGAGGCAGCAGAUGGCCCGAGGUCUUCCAAAACAGAAGCCCAUCCCAGGGGUCAAGCAAGUCAUUGUCGUGGCUUCAGGAAAGGGUGGUGUUGGGAAGUCCACUACUGCAGUGAAUUUGGCUCUAGGAUUAAUGGCCAAUGACAUGUCAAAGUCUGUGGGUCUGUUGGAUGCCGAUGUGUUCGGUCCAUCGAUUCCCAAACUUAUGAACCUGAAAGGAAACCCAGAGCUCAGUGACAAUAAUCGGAUGAUCCCCCUCACCAACUAUGGGGUUCCAUGCAUGUCUAUGGGUUUUCUGGUUGAUGAUGUGGCUCCGAUAGUGUGGCGGGGGCUUAUGGUGAUGUCUGCUAUAGAGAAACUGCUCAGACAGGUGGACUGGGGGUCAUUGGACUAUUUGGUAGUGGACAUGCCUCCUGGGACUGGAGACGUCCAGCUGUCGAUCACCCAGAACAUCCCCAUAGCAGGUGCGGUUAUUGUGUCCACGCCGCAGGACAUCGCUCUGCUGGAUGCUCGCAGAGGAGCUGAGAUGUUUAAGAAAGUGAACGUGCCGGUUCUGGGUCUGGUUCAGAACAUGAGCGUCUUCCAGUGUCCCAAAUGCAAUCAUGAGACCCACAUCUUCGGCUCUGAUGGGGCCCGACAGCUUGCAGACACUUUGGGAGUCACAUUUUUAGGUGACAUCCCUCUUCACAUAACCAUCAGAGAGACAUCAGACAGAGGACAGCCAGUGGUCAUCUCUUCUCCCAACAGCCCUGAGGCAGCAGCAUACAGGAAGGUGGCGUCUGCUGUGGUCCAGAGACUACAGAAAGUCAGUAGCUGACAGACAGCUUCAAGAUGAAGUCAGCUGGGUGACACAUGAAGACGUUGAAUGACAUGUAUGCAGAACACAGACUAACGCACAAAGUCAUCUGCUGUCCUAACGCACAAAAGAAUGUCGAUUCGUGUCCAUGUUGUAACAGUAUUUUUAUUGUGUGUCCAUGUAGUUCUCUGACAGCAUUUCAUAAAAUGGUCAGCUACACAACCCUAGUCUUAACCCUUUCUGAUCUACUUGCAUGCUGGUGGCCAUAAAUAGCAGCACAUUAGCUGGAUGCCAGUAAAGUAAAGACAGUAAUAUAAUAAUUCCUUUGUCUUGUUUUCUUUUUCUUUUCCUGCAGACUAAAGUGUUGUAUAUUAUUGUAUUAGAUAAUUGUCUGCAUCAUGAUAUAAACAGUGAUUUAACAGUCAA